UGACAGUGAUUGAUAUUUUUUGGAUUUUCUUAAAAUUACACGAAAUAUUUUUAUGUUGUUUGAAACUGUUCAACAGUGGUAAUUGUUUGAUCAAUAUCCUAGUUCCCAACCUCAUAUUUGUAAGUUUAUACAUUUCUAUAACAUUAUUCCGACACAAAUGGAGAAUCUAAAAGAAGAAAAUGUAUAUAAUAACGAAAUAUGUGCGAUAAAUAUGAUGCACAAGAAAUACGAAAAUCAGACAUCUCAAAUUUCCAUAAGCGAAUUUUUAAACUUUUUGAAAACAGCGUAUCAGGUUCAAGAUUCAAUAGAAGGUAUACUGAUGCAAGAUGGUAUGGUUGAAGCGGUAAACUGGUUGAAAGUGAAGGAAGCUGAACUGAAUAAAAAAUGUAAAAGUAUUUCGGCCCAAACUUCCGAGAGUACGAUUCUAAAGAAGUCAGCAGAUGAGAAAAAAGAUCAACCUAAACGAAAGAAUUCGAUACAAAACUUAAACCAAGACUCCGAUGUUCUGAAGAAAAAAUUGAGUGAAGUUUUAUCAGAAGGCUUAUUGGAUUCCGUUUUGCCAUAUUUAACACAAAAUCCCAGUGGAAGAAUUCAUAGAAGUUAUUCGUGUGCUUCUAUUAAAAAUAAUGAAAAACCAAAUCCAAAAAUCCAAAACUUAAACUCGACAAAUGAAAAACUUAUUAGAAGAUCUAGUGAGUCAUCGACCAAAACUGGACUGAUUUUAACAGAUUCUGAAGUGGAAAUUCACGUUUGUGAUGAAGUAAAGAGCAUGAAAAAAACUUUCAUAUGUAACCAGAAACUUUUGGUGGAGAAAAUGGGAUAUUUCGCAGAAGUUACAUUAGGUCAGAAACUGGAAGACAUGGAUAUUUCCGUUCACUGUGACAUCGGCAUAUUUGAGUGGUUGAUGCAGUGGGUUAAGAAAGAGUCAGUGCUCGAAGCAGAUUGGCCUCAACUGGAUGCCCAGUGCGUUGUUCCUAUUUUAGUAUCGGCAGCAUUCCUACAAAUGGAACCUCUUUUACAAGAUUGCCUUUUAUAUUGCCAUCAGCACAUGAAUGAGAUAUUAAGAAGUUCUGCUAAUUUGAGUUGUCUGAACGAUACGGUUCUAACAAGGUUGGCAGCAAUGUAUACGAACAGUGAAAUCAGAUCCAUCAAAGACAGAAAAAGAUAAAAAUCCAAUCGAAACUUUUUUGCAAAACUAAUUCAGUCACUGGCUGAACCUGAUCCUGAAAGCGUUAGAGGACAUUGGUGCUCAUUAGCAAGGAUAUUCAGGUGUGAAAGGUGUUACCAACUGAUAAAUCCAAACGUAGCAUCCAAAAUACCUUGUACACCUUCUUGUAUGAGGCUUGAACCUGAUGGUUCCAUUAUUAGUUUACAUAUCAGAGACUCAUCAUGGGAUAUAAACGCUUAUAUUCUAGAAUUAAAACAAACCCUUAAAACCUGGAGAAAAGUAUAUUGGAAAUUAUGGGGAGAGGCUCAUUUUCUAUUCUGCAGUGUCUGUAAGAGAUAUUUUCAAGUUAAUCAAAUUGGCUGGUGCAGAUAUCAUCCGGAUACGCCACAGUUUUUUACUCUGGAUGCUCAAAGAGCUCCUCUGCCUAUUGGACGUUUCCCUUGCUGUGGAGAUCGAGCUUACAGGUUAUCCGUUAAUUUAAGUUCUUUUUAUUAA